AUGCCAUCUCCACCUCCAGACUGGGUCAAGGCUCUCAAGCCCGGUGGCCCGCAGGGUUCCGAAUUGCUCGCCCAGGAACGCGCCCAAUCCAAUGUCGACGUCGAGAAGCUCUCCGAGUUGCUGCACACCAAGGAGGCUCUGGAGCGUCAAGACAAGUUGGUCAAGAUGCUCCAGCCCGAGAAGGUCUUCGACAAGUCGCAGAAUCACUCCCUCGGCCGUGUCGAGCGGCUGAAGCGGGCGCUGGCCAAGGCUAAGCGCCUCCAGCAGUUGGCUGAGCAGAACCAGUGGUCUAUGGAGGACUUGCACGCUGCCAAUGAGUUGAUCGGAGAGCCUACUCCCUACGGUCUCCAUGCUAGCAUGUUCUUGGUCACCCUCCGCGAACAAGGCAGCCCCGAGCAGCACAAGCUCUUCCUCGAGCGCGCCGAAAAGUACCAGAUCAUUGGUUGCUACGCCCAGACCGAGCUGGGUCAUGGAUCCAACGUUCGCGGCCUCGAGACCACCGCUACCUGGAACCCUGAUGACAAGACCUUCACCAUCAACUCUCCCACACUCACUGCUUCCAAGUGGUGGAUUGGCUCUCUCGGCCGCACUGCCAACCACGCCGUGGUCAUGGCUCAGCUCUUUAUCGGUGGCAAGAACUAUGGUCCUCACCCCUUCGUGGUGCAGGUUCGCGACCUGGAGACCCACCAGCCCAUGGAGAACGUCUAUGUCGGUGACAUUGGUCCUAAGUUCGGUUACAACACCAUGGACAACGGUUUCCUGCUGUUCAACAAGGUCAAGAUCCCUCACAUCAACAUGCUUGCCCGCUUCUCCCGUAUCGACAAGGAGACCAACAAAUACGUCCGCCCUACUAUGCCCACUCUCGUCUACGGUACCAUGACCUGGGUCCGCUCCAACAUCGUUCUCCAAUCCGGUGGUGUCUUGGCUCGUGGUGUCACCAUUGCCACUCGUUACUGCGCCGUCCGCAGACAGUUCCAGGACCGCGAUGCCGACCCCAACGCCGGAGAGACUCAGGUCCUCAACUAUAAGAUGGUGCAGGUCCGCCUGUUGCCCCUCCUUGCCUCCAUGUAUGCCCUCCACUUCACUGGUCGUGGUAUGAUGCGCCUGUACCAGGAGAACCAGAAGCGCAUGCAGGCGGCUGCUUCUCCCAGCCAGGACUCUCGUGGCCCAGGUCCCGAGGAGCUUCGUGCUGGUGCCGAUCUGCUGGCAGAUCUGCACGCCACCUCCUGCGGUCUCAAGGCUCUGGCCAGUACCACUGCCGGUGAGGGUCUCGAGGUCUGCCGUCGCACCUGUGGUGGUCACGGUUACAGCAGCUACAGCGGUAUUGGACCGUUCUACUCUGACUACCUGCCCACUCUGACCUGGGAGGGUGAUAACUACAUGCUCACCCAGCAGGUCGCCCGCUACCUGCUCAAGUCUGCCCGUGCCGUGCUUUCCGGCAAGGCCGCUGACAACGACACCUCUCGCAUUCUCCGCAACUACCUUGACCGCCGUGACAAGGGUGCCUCCUUCGACAUCCUCGAGGAGGACCAGGACAUCGUGGAUGCCUUUGCCUGGCGUACUGCCCACCUCACAUUCGAGGCCCUGAAGCACCGUGAUGCCGAGAAGCGCUCAUGGAACAGCCUGCUGGUCGACUUCUGGCGCCUGUCCACCGCCCACUCCCAGUACCUGGUUGUGAAGAACUUCUACGAGGCCGUCUCCUCUCCCGAACUCUCCCAGUCCCUGGACCAGGACACCAAGACCCUGAUGCACCAGCUCUUCCGCCUCUACGCCCUGCACACCCUCGAGCGUGAGGCCGCCGAGUUCUUCUCCUCCGGUGCCGUGACCGUUCGCCAGAUCGGCCUGACCCGCACCACCGCCGUCAUGAAGCUCCUCGACGAGAUCCGCCCUCACGCCGUGCGCCUGGUCGACGCCUGGGCCAUCCCCGACUGGCAGCUGGACAGCAGUCUGGGCCGUUACGACGGUGACGUCUACCCCGAUCUGUUCCGCCGCGCCAGCCAGGAGAACCCCGUCAACGACCUGGUGUUCGAUCCUUACCCGUGGAACGAGGCUCUGCUUAAGAACGAGGCUCCCAAGAGCAAGCUCUAG